UAUAAAGUUUAAAUAGUAGAGUGCAAUCCAAACAAUUUUGCUGCAUUUAUUACAAAGUUUUUUCUUCGAACAAGUACUUUAACAGUACAUAUUAAUAAGGUAAAUGAUAAAAUAAAUUUUCAAAUAAAUGGAUACUUUACUUCAGAUGUUCAUGCGGAGAUAAAUUGAAGCUUCUAUAAUACAGAGAUAAAUUAUAACAUCAACAAGAAGAACGUCACAAAAUUUAAUCAUUUCAACGAUAUGAGGGAACACGUAACACGAUGCUUUAAAGAUUGGAAAUACGAAAUGAGGAGAAUUCGCACAAAACUUGCGGUUGUUGAAACAACGGAUGAGUUGUUUUAUGAUGAUUCUUUUAGCAAGAAACUUUCCCAAAGAACCAAUCAUCUUCGAAAGCAAAAUAUUUUAACAGAUGUUGUACUUUUAGUUGAUGAUCAAAUGUUUCCAGCUCACAGGAUUAUUCUUGCUACAAGUGGUGAUUACUUUUUUUCAAUGUUUAGUGGAUCAUUGUCAACUAAUGAAAAACAUAUUCGUAUUCACGGAGUAUCAGCAAAUACAAUGGAAUCCAUUUUGUCAUACAUUUAUUGUGGUAGUAUAGAAAUAUCAGAAGAAAAUGUCCAGGACAUUUUAGAAGCUUCCGCCCUUAUGCUUUUGGAGAGCUUAAAAGAACGAUGCGGAAAGUUUCUCCGUGAUCGCAUUGAUGAGGAAAACUGUCUCAGAAUAUUUAGUCUUAGUAAGCAAUUUUCACUGUCAACUUUACAGACCAAAACUUUUGAACUAAUUACAUCUCACUUUUCAGAAUUAUGCUCUCAUCCUGAUUUUCAGCUUCUUGACGCUAGUGCUCUUAUAGAUAUACUUUCAUGUGAAGAAAUUUCGGUACCAAAUGAAGAUACUAUAUUCAAUGCUGCUUUAACUUGGUUUAAUUAUGAUUCACAUCAACGAUCUGAUGAUUUCAAAAACAUUUUAAAAGUCAUCCAUUUACCUUUUGUCAGCAUAGAAUUGUUGAAAAAAUGUAAAGAGAGUGUUAGUGUUGAUAACUCAAAUAUAUUUUCUUUGCUUGAUUCUGCAAUUGAAUUGAUAUUAAGCCGUAGUUUCAAUGAUGACUGCUUUCCUGAAAACAUUGGUGGAGUGUUUCCAGAACCUUGGAUGUCAGCACGAAAAUGCGAACAAUUUGUAACAAGCAUUGUUGCUUUAGGUGGACCUACUUUAAACAUAUAUAAUUUUGAAGUUGACCAUUGGACUGAGCUAGGAAAAUGUACCCCGCGUCAUUGCCCAGGUUUAGCUGUUUUAGGUUCAAGCAUAUAUGUGGUUGGUGGUAGUUCAGAAUGGAAGCGUAAAUCAUCUGGAGAAUGUUUUAGCAUUGAGAGCUGCACUUGGUCUACUAUCUCAGACAUGAACACACCUCGAAGCAAUUUUGGUCUCGUAGAACUACGCGGAAAGUUAUAUGCGAUUGGAGGAUAUGAUGGGAAUUUACCACUAAGGAAAGUUGAAGUUUACGAUAUUAAGACAGACACAUGGACAAAUAUUCAGGAUAUGAAUAGCCCUCGUGAUGGAGCUUGUGAUGUGUCUGAUGGGGAAUGCUUGUACUCGAUUGGGGGUUAUGAUGGGUCUCGUUAUUUGACUUCAACAGACUUUUACGAUCCAGAAACAAAAUUAUGGAACGAUGAAAAGAUACCUCAAUUGCAGGAGAAACGACAAAAUGCAAUGUGCGCUUAUUAUGACGCAAAGAUCUACGUCAUUGGAGGUUAUUAUGACGACCAUUUUCAUAAAUCUGUUGAAGUUUUAGACUUGGAUCAAAUGAAAUGGUUAAGUGUUGCUCCUCUACCAAAACCACGUCAUUACGGUGGUGCAUCUGCAAUUAAUGGACGUUUGUUUGUUUGUGGCGGUUGGAGCGUUCAGUUCCCUGUAAGCACAGUUGAUGUGUAUUCAAUUGAUGAAGAUAUUUGGAGCACAAUAUCUGAUCUUCCGACCCCAACUAUGGUACGUUGUAGUACAAUAAAUCUCCAUCGAAAGUUGAUGUUAAAAGUAACGUCAGAGCAAAGUGUCGUGAAUAAGAGAAAAAAUACGAUAGAAAUGUUGCAAUACAAAGUUUCAAGCUCAAUAUAAAUAUGUGAGGCUGUGAUGUUCUUAAUGAUCUUUGGUGUGUAUAUUAAAUCCGCUUAGAAUUUAGUGGUUGACUACAGACAUCUGAAAAAAUAGGCUUUGAAAAUAGACACCCGACAAUUAGAGGUCUGAGUCCAGACCCCCGAUAAUUAGAGAAAUAUGAAUUAUCUUUGAAAUUAAAGAGUAAUCGCAUGAAUGCACUUUGUUUAAAAUAAAGAAAAGUAAAUACUGAAUCAAUCUUCACUGAUUGCGAUGUUGCUGCAACUUUUUGAAAUGACUGAGUUACUCAAAUUUCCAAAUGACGAUUUAAUAGUUGUUAGUAACCAUGUAAAAUAAUCCCUUGGUAGCAAUGUAAAAUAAUUCCUUCGGUGAAAAUACUUUUGUAAAUAAAUCUUGUUGAUAUUAAGAUUAAAAGACAUUUGACUUAAAUAUUGAAA